GGGGGCGCCCCGGUGGCCUACCCCUGCGCCUGCCGCGUGGGCUUCACCGACGAGCUCUGCCUGACGCCCCGCGAGAACGCCUGCCUCAACAACCCCUGCCGCAACGGGGGCACCUGCGACCUGCUGACGCUCAGCGAGUACAAGUGCCGCUGCCCGCCCGGGUGGUCAGGUAAAACCUGCCAGCAGGCCGAUCCCUGUGCCUCCAACCCCUGCGCCAACGGAGGGCAGUGCGUCCCGUUCGAGGCCCACUACGUCUGCCGCUGCACAACCGGGUUUCACGGGGCCAACUGCAAGCAGGACGUGAACGAGUGCAACAUCUUGCCUCCCGUCUGCAAGAACGGCGGGAGCUGCACCAACGAGGUCGGCACCUACCAGUGCUCCUGCAAGCCCGCGUACACCGGGCAGAACUGCGAGCACCUCUACGUGCCCUGCAAUCCCUCGCCCUGCCAGAACGGGGGAACCUGCCGCCAGACCGGAGACACCACCUACGACUGCACGUGUCUGCCAGGUUUCGCGGGUCAGAACUGCGAGGAGAACAUCGACGACUGUCCGGGGAACAACUGCAAGAACGGAGGCACGUGCGUGGACGGCGUCAAUCCCUACACCUGCCAGUGUCCGCCGGAGUGGACAGGCCAGUACUGCACUGAGGAUGUGGAUGAGUGUCAGCUCAUGCCCAACGCCUGCCAAAACGGAGGCACCUGCCACAACAACCACGGUGGCUACAACUGCGUCUGCGGCAACGGCUGGGGUGGACAGGCAGCUCCCUGUGCGUGCCCCGGGCUCUUCUCUCGGGCUGCUGGCGUCUAGGGGAAGGUGCGUCAUGACUUGCAUGGCUAGCAGCCCUGAGGUGAGCGUGCCUGUUGCUCCGCAGGUUUGCUGUGCCACCUCGAUGACGCCUGCAUCAGCAACCCCUGCAACGAAGGCUCCAACUGUGACACCAAUCCUGUCAAUGGCAAAGCCAUCUGCACCUGCCCUUCGGGCUACAUGGGGCCAGCCUGCAACCAGGACGUGGACGAGUGCUCGCUGGGAGCCAACCCUUGUGAGCACGCGGGGAAAUGCAUCAAUACGCAAGGGUCCUUCCAGUGCCAGUGCCUGCAGGGCUACUCGGGGCCGCGCUGCGAGAUAGACGUCAACGAGUGCCUCUCCAAUCCCUGCCAGAACGAUGCCACCUGCCUGGACCAAAUUGGCGAAUUUCAGUGCAUCUGCAUGCCCGGCUGGCACAUGUCCCCGCGGGAGACUCGCGCCUCUGCCAGCCUCGUUGCCACUGCGGUCGGAGGGGGAUUUGCCCUGUCUGUGUCCCCUGGGAGGCCGCACGCACCUGCGGCGCUGUGUGUCGUACAAGGUUGUGUUUCAUCGCUCUUCCCUUUCCCAGGGCGGAUGUGCAACAUCAACAUUGACGAGUGCUCCAGCAACCCUUGCCACAAUGGGGGCACGUGCAAGGACGGCAUCAACGGCUUCACGUGCCUCUGCCCCGAGGGCUUCCACGACCCCAAGUGCCUAUCCGAAGUGAACGAGUGCAACAGCAACCCCUGCAUCCACGGGAAGUGCCACGACGGGCUCAACGGCUACAGGUGUGAUUGCGACCCAGGCUGGAGUGGGACGAACUGUGACAUUAACAAUAAUGAGUGUGAAUCCAAUCCCUGCAUGAAUGGUGGCACCUGCAAGGACAUGACCAGUGGCUACAUCUGUACCUGCAGGGAAGGGUUCAGUGGACCUAACUGCCAGACCAAUAUCAACGAAUGCGCUUCCAACCCGUGUCUGAAUCAGGGGACGUGCAUUGAUGACGUCGCUGGCUACAAGUGCAACUGCCUCCUGCCCUAUACAGGAGCCACGUGCGAGGAUGUGCUGGCUCCCUGCGCCAACGGCCCCUGCAAGAACGGUGGUGAAUGCAGGGAGUCGGAGGACUACGAGAGCUUCUCCUGCGGUUGCCCGUCCGGCUGGCAAGGUCAGACGUGCGAGAUUGACAUCAACGAGUGCGUGAAGAGCCCUUGCCGAAACGGUGCCACUUGCCAGAACACCAACGGGAGCUACCGCUGCCUUUGCAAGGCAGGCUUCACCGGCCGCAACUGCGACACCGAUAUCGAUGACUGCAAGCCGAAUCCAUGCCACAAUGGCGGCUCCUGCUCUGAUGGUGUUGGUACCUUCUUCUGUGAGUGCCUGGCUGGUUUCCGUGGGCCCAAGUGCGAAGAAGACAUCAACGAGUGUGCCAGCAACCCCUGCAAGAAUGGUGCCAACUGCACUGACUGUGUCAACAGCUACACCUGCACUUGCCCCUCCGGCUUCAGUGGGAUCCACUGUGAGAACAACACGCCUGACUGCACGGAGAGCUCCUGCUUCAACGGAGGGACCUGUGUGGAUGGCAUCAACACCUUCACCUGCAUGUGUCCACCUGGUUUCACAGGCAGUUACUGUGAGCACAACAUUAAUGAGUGUGACUCCAAGCCGUGCCUGAACGGGGGCACUUGUCAGGACAGCUACGGGACAUACAAGUGCACUUGUCCCCAGGGUUACACCGGGCUCAACUGCCAGAACCUGGUGCGCUGGUGCGACUCCUCUCCCUGCAAAAAUGGAGGCAAGUGCUGGCAAACCAACAACCUGUACCGCUGCGAGUGCAACAGUGGAUGGACAGGGCUCUACUGCGAUGUCCCCAGUGUCUCCUGUGAGGUGGCUGCUAAGCAGCAAGGCGUCGACGUAGCCCAUCUCUGCAGGAACUCGGGGCUCUGCGUGGACACUGGCAACACUCACUUCUGCCGCUGCCAGGCCGGCUACACUGGCAGCUACUGCGAGGAGCAGGUGGACGAAUGCUCCCCCAACCCCUGCCAAAACGGAGCCACCUGCACAGACUACCUGGGAGGCUAUUCUUGCGAGUGUGUGGCUGGUUAUCAUGGAGUUAACUGCUCAGAAGAGAUCAAUGAGUGCUUGUCCCACCCUUGCCAGAACGGAGGAACCUGCAUCGAUCUCAUCAAUACCUACAAAUGCUCCUGCCCCAGAGGGACUCAAGGGGUGCACUGUGAAAUCAAUGUGGAUGACUGCAGCCCUUUCUUUGAUCCUGUCACCCUGGGGCCCAAGUGCUUUAACAAUGGCAAGUGCACGGAUCGGGUAGGUGGCUACAGCUGCAUCUGCCCCCCUGGCUUUGUAGGGGAGCGCUGCGAGGGAGACGUCAACGAGUGCCUGUCCAACCCCUGCGACGCGCGCGGCACCCAGAACUGCGUGCAGCGUGUCAAUGACUACAAAUGCGAGUGCCGGCCUGGCUACACAGGGCGCCGCUGUGACUCGGUGGUAGAUGGCUGUAAGGGCAAACCCUGCAGGAACGGUGGAACGUGUGCAGUUGCCAGCAACACUGGCCGUGGCUUCAUCUGCAAAUGCCCCCCUGGUUUUGUUGGUGCCACUUGUGAGAAUGACUCCCGCACCUGCGGGAACUUGCACUGCCUGAAUGGUGGCACCUGCAUCUCCAUCCACAAGAGCUCCAAGUGCAUGUGCACACCAGCCUUCACGGGUCCCGAGUGCCAGUACCCAGCCAGCAGCCCCUGCAAUUCCAACCCCUGCUACAAUGGGGGCACCUGCGAGUUCUUCAGCGAUGCUUCCCCCUAUUACCGGUGCAACUGCCCUGCCAACUUCAAUGGCCUCAACUGCCACAUCCUUGACUUUGAUUUCCAAGGUGGGAUUGGGCAGGAUAUCAUCCCACCUAAAAUCGAGGAGAAGUGUGAGAUUGCAGUUUGUGCAGGGUACGCUGGCAACAAGAUCUGUGAUGGGAAAUGCAACAACCACGCGUGCGGCUGGGACGGAGGUGACUGCUCCCUCAAUUUCAAUGACCCCUGGAAGAACUGCUCCCAGUCAUUGCAGUGCUGGAAGUACUUCAAUGAUGGCAAGUGCGACUCUCAGUGCAACAACGCUGGCUGUCUGUACGAUGGCUUUGACUGCCAGAAGUAUGAAGGGCAGUGCAACCCUCUGUAUGAUCAGUACUGUAAAGAUCACUUCUCAGAUGGUCACUGUGACCAGGGCUGUAAUAAUUUUGAGUGCGAAUGGGAUGGUCUGGACUGCGCAAACAAUAUGCCGGAGAAGCUUGCAGACGGCACUCUGGUCGUGGUGGUCCUGAUCACUCCAGAGAACCUGAAGAACAAUUCCUUCAAUUUCCUCCGGGAGCUGAGCCGUGUGCUGCACACCAACGUGGUCUUCAAGAAGAACCCCAAGGGAGAGUAUAUGAUCUUUCCAUACUACGGCAAUGAGGAGGAGCUGAAAAAGCAUUACAUCAAGAGGUCAACAGAGGACUGGUCAGAUAUGUCUAGUGCUGUCAUCAACAAAGUAAAGACCAGCCUCUACUCCAGGGCUGGCAGAAGGCAGAAGAGAGAGCUGGAUCAGAUGGACAUCAGAGGAUCCAUCGUUUACUUGGAAAUUGAUAACCGUCAGUGCAUCCAGUCCUCUUCCCAGUGCUUCCAGAGCGCAACCGAUGUGGCGGCUUUCCUGGGUGCCUUGGCCUCCCUUGGCAACCUGAACAUCCCCUACAAAAUAGAAGCUGUUAAAAGUGAAACGGCUGAGCCCACAAGGAACUCCCAACUAUAUCCUAUGUAUGUAGUGAUGGCUGCGCUGGUCUUGCUUGCUUUCAUUGGAGUGGGGGUACUGGUAUCUCGUAAGCGGCGCAGGGAGCAUGGGCAGCUUUGGUUCCCAGAAGGCUUCAAAGUGACAGAGUCGAGCAAGAAGAAGCGACGAGAACCACUUGGGGAGGAUUCUGUUGGACUGAAACCCCUCAAAAAUGCUUCAGAUGGCACACUGAUGGAUGACAACCAAAAUGAAUGGGGUGAUGAGGAGACCUUGGACACCAAGAAGUUCAGGUUUGAGGAGCAGGCAAUGCUCCCUGAUACAGAUGAUCAGACAGAUCACAGGCAGUGGACUCAGCAGCACCUGGAUGCAGCUGACCUUCGCAUAUCCUCUAUGGCACCUACCCCACCGCAAGGUGAAAUCGAUGCAGACUGUAUGGAUGUCAAUGUUAGAGGCCCUGACGGCUUCACCCCCCUCAUGAUCGCCUCAUGCAGCGGUGGAGGGCUAGAGACUGGCAACAGUGAAGAGGAAGACGAUGCCCCUGCGGUCAUCUCAGAUUUCAUUUACCAAGGCGCCAGCUUACACAACCAGACUGACCGCACUGGUGAGACGGCGCUCCACUUGGCUGCCAGGUACUCUCGCUCCGACGCUGCCAAGCGCCUGCUGGAGGCUAGUGCCGAUGCAAACAUUCAGGACAACAUGGGCAGGACUCCUCUCCAUGCAGCAGUCUCUGCCGACGCCCAAGGAGUCUUCCAGAUCCUUAUUAGAAACAGAGCAACUGAUCUUGACGCCCGAAUGCAUGAUGGGACCACUCCUCUGAUCUUGGCUGCUCGCUUGGCUGUGGAGGGCAUGCUGGAGGAUCUGAUCAACUGCCAUGCAGAUGUCAAUGCCGUGGAUGAUCUAGGCAAGUCAGCACUGCACUGGGCAGCUGCUGUGAAUAAUGUUGAAGCCGCAGUAGUCCUCCUGAAGAAUGGUGCCAAUAAGGAUAUGCAGAACAAUAAGGAGGAGACCCCACUGUUCCUCGCAGCCAGAGAAGGGAGUUAUGAAACUGCCAAAAUCCUCCUGGACCACUUUGCGAACCGCGACAUCACAGACCACAUGGACCGUCUCCCGCGGGAUAUCGCACAGGAACGCAUGCACCACGAUAUCGUGAGGCUGCUGGAUGAGUACAACCUGGUGCGGAGCCCACCACUGCACAACGGCCCGUUGGGGGCACCCACGCUGUCCCCACCGCUCUGCUCUCCCAACAGCUACAUUGGUAACCUGAAACCUGCCGUCCAGGGCAAGAAGGCCAGGAAGCCGAGCACCAAGGGCCUGAGCUGCAAUGGCAAGGAUUCCAAAGACCUCAAAGCGAGGAGGAAAAAAUCACAAGACGGAAAAGGAUGCCUGCUCGACAACUCCAGUGUGUUGUCACCGGUAGACUCCCUGGAGUCGCCCCAUGGGUACCUGUCAGAUGUUGCCUCUCCUCCGCUGAUGACUUCUCCAUUUCAGCAGUCCCCUUCCAUGCCUCUGAAUCAUCUGCCAGGCAUGCCUGAUGCCCAUAUGAGCAUCAACCACCUCAGCAUGGCUGGGAAGCAGGAUAUGGCCAUGGGAAACUCCAGCAGGAUGGCCUUUGAUUCAGUGCCACCACGUCUCUCUCACCUGCCUGUCUCCAGCCCCAGCACAGUCAUGAGCAGCGCCCCAAUGAAUUUCUCCGUUGGUGGCGCUGCCGGUCUGAAUGGGCAGUGCGAGUGGCUCACGAGGCUGCAAAACGGCAUGGUUCAGAAUCAGUAUAAUCCAAUGAGAGGCAACAUGCAACCAGGGACGCAUCAGCAAACGCAAAGCCUUCAGCACGGCAUGAUGACCUCCCUGCACAGUGGCUUGCCCACCACAAGCUUGUCACAGAUGAUGAGCUACCAGGCCAUGCCUAACACCCGGCUGGCUUCCCAGCCUCACCUGAUGCAGAGUCAGCAACUACAGCAGAUGCAACAACAACAGCUGCAGCAGCAAAACAUGCAGCAGCAGCAGCAGUCGCAACAACCCCAGCAGCAGCCACCCCAGCAGCAGCCACAACAGCAUCACAACCCCAGCUCCAAUGCUAGUGGCCACCUCAGUCAGAAUUUCCUUGGUACCGAGCUAAGCCAGCCUGACAUGCAGCCGGUGAGCAGCAGUACCAUGGCAGUCCACACCAUCUUGCCUCAAGAUUCCCAGAUGCUGCCCACGUCUCUGCCAUCCUCCCUUGCACAGCCCAUGACCACCACACAGUUUUUAACUCCACCCUCUCAGCACAGUUAUUCCUCCCCCUUGGACAACACCCCCAGCCACCAGCUCCAGGUGCCCGAUCACCCUUUCCUAACACCGUCUCCGGAGUCACCGGACCAGUGGUCGAGCUCCUCUCCUCAUUCCAAUGUGUCCGACUGGUCCGAGGGGAUCUCUAGCCCUCCCACGAGUAUGCAGUCACAGAUGGGACACAUCCCUGAAGCCUUCAAGUAAAAGACCAUGCUUCAGAGACACUGAUGCUCAGUGGGAGUUAGAAGCUCAAGGGAGAUCUUUUUUAAAAGGACACUGGAUGCUUUUAUUAAAGGAUCCUUUUUAAAUAUGUUUUUAUACAAAA